AGCAAGCGAAACAAACCUUGUUCUUAAUCGGUUAAUUCUUCGUCUGAGUUGCGUCAUGUCCGAAAACUCCCGAUCACGUGGGUUCGGAAACAGUUUCUUACGGUUUUUCAGAGCGAGUGAAAAUUUGAAAAACUUAAUCCCCCUUGUGGUAUAUAUAGGCGGGGGAGAUUUCCAACAUGUCAGUUCAGGUCCCGAUCCAAAGGAAUAACCAUGAUUUUGGCAAUAGUUCUUCUUUUUUGUAGUUGUGCCACUCUGAAAGCGAGUGAGUAUCCAGCGUACUACGUCAGUGAAUAUUCAGAGCCACGAUAUGUGGAAUACCAACAAGACGGCUACGGAGACAACUAUGGAGAAGAAGAAGAAGGUUACGGUCAGAGCAAUCUGAAGAAAUAUCAUAAAUCUCAACAGAAUUAUGGAGACAAGUACGGAGAAGAUUACGACCAGGGUGGGCAAAGGAAAUUCCAGAAAUCUCAGGAAAAAUACGGCGCUGGUCAGUAUGAGGAUGAGCAAGCGGAGGCCCUUCGAGAUUUCGCCAAUCAUCAGGCACACAACAGCGGAGCUAAGGCUUCCCUGCAGUCAAACGGUGGCGAAAAAGGCCAUGUGAGCAAUGCCUACGAUCGUGGAAAUUACAAGAAGGAGAAGAAAUAUGGAUACGAAAAAGCAUAUGGUUACGAAAAAGAAAGCAAGAACCAAGACAGCAAGGCCGUGUCCCAAAGUUUUGCAAAGGGCUACAACCACGACGAAAACAAAGCCAACUUCAACGAACAGGAAUUCGCUUUGAAGGACCUUGCAGCAAAGAACAGGAAACAAAAAUCUGGACAUCAAUCGGAGGGUGCUAAAGAUUAUCUGUUAGAUCUGAACGAGAGAAUAAACCGAGGCAAGAAAUAUGGCGCCAAGUACGGUAACCAGAAUAACGACCAAGAAAUAAUUCAGUACGUCCAACAACCUCUUCACGUUUACAAAUCGUACAAACGUCCCAUUUACUUGAAGAGCUACAUACCUGAAGGUCGAAUUGGUUACGACGGUUACGUCAAAAACCGAUAUUUCCCAGGAUUCAGUGGUCUUGGUGGACUUCGAGGUUACGGUAUGGAAUAUGAAAUGAAUCCUUACCUUAAUGGUUAUUCAGGUUAUUCAGAUGACUUUCUUUUUGCUGGCCAAGGAUACAAAAAGCCUUUAAUCAACUCCUAUGGCAACUCCUAUGGAAAGUAUGUUGGUUAUUUCUCAAAAUCCGACAUUUAACUUGCUGAUGUUCUUCACUGCCGGAUGGGUUUGGGAUUUUGAUUCUCAAGUGGAUACUGGACAUCCAUGAGAACAUAAUUUAAAUAAUUGAUUAUGUGUUGUGCUUGUUAAUGGCAUUGUUUUUGUAAAUGUGUGCAAUAAAUGUU